UAUUAAUUGUUUGUCUUUCUAUGCGCAGACGACACGGUCUCAUGUCUGAACCGACAGAAGAUGUACAAAACAUUAUGAACAAAUUUUGUGAGUACUGUGUAAUAUAUGGAGGCUGAUAGUAAAUGUGGUUGAUAUACACGUAGUACUUCCAUGAUUAAAAUCGUGGUAUUUUUAAGGGUUUAACAGUUGUAUAAGACAAACACCCAAUGGAAGGGACAUUAAAGAGAAAGAUAUCCUUCUUUACAGGAUACCAAGAAAAAUGGUUUGUUCUAGCAGACGAUGGAAACAUAAAACAAUUUGAUAGUAACCCAGCCGAAAAAAAGCAAAGUCCGAAAUGGACGAUGAAUAUCAAUCUUGCAGAAGUAACCACGAAGGAUGAUGGUCUUCGAUUUGUUGUUACCGCAAGUAAUGGUCGAACCCUCAAAUUGAAAGCACAGGGCAAAGAGGAAAGAGAAGAAUGGAUCAAGUUUUUCAAGAUUAUAAAUGAAAAACAAUCCCAAGUAAGCUACUUAGAUGAAGCAGAAGAAGGAGGUUUCGGGCCUGUAGCUCAAGAACUAGAGAACCACAUUGUUGUUCAAUCAGAAGUUUCCUCUGAUGAAAAGAAAAGACAUGAACAAUUUAAGGCUAUGUCAUUUAAGCCAAGAAGAAAUUACACCAUGGUUGCAGCCAUUGACAUUGGAUCAGCAUAUUCUGGAACUGCAUUUUCAUCAAAGUCUGAUUUCACCACAAACCCACUAAACAUAUGUGUAAUGGGAGGAAUUCCAACAACCAAUAAUAUGUCAUCAAAAGUUCCAACUGUUCUGCUUUUGAAACCCGAUAGAAGUUUUGAUGCUUUUGGUAAUGAAGCCGAAGACAAGUAUACAAGACUAACACUAACCAAGCCACAGUAUGCAAAUCAGUGUUAUUACUUCACUCGAUUCAAAAUGCAACUUUACAACAAUAGGAAUUUGAAGAAAUCAUUGACAAUUAAAGAUAUAAGUGGUAAAGAAAUGAAAGCAGUGGAUGUAUUUGCUGCUUGCAUUGAAUACUUGAAAAAUGCUACCUUCACAAGAGUUAAGCAGCUUAUUUUAAAUCUCGAAGAAGAGGACAUUCAUUGGGUGCUUACGGUACCAGCAAUAUGGACAGAAGCUGCACGACAGUUUAUGAUAGAAGCCGCUGAAAAGGGUGGAAUUCACGAAGACAAUCUUACACUCGCACUAGAGCCAGAGGCUGCCGCUUUAUGCUGUAAAAGCUUGGAGAUACAGAAGAAAGAUACGGGUCAAAACACGAAACUUGGUUCGUUUAGUCCUGGGUCACGUUUUCUGGUCGUAGAUUUAGGAGGUGGCACAGUGGAUAUAACAGCAAAUGAAGUCAUGACAUCAGGUCAGAUAAAAGAAAUACACUGCGCUUCUGGAGGUCCUUGGGGAGGAAAUACGAUAAAUACUAAAAUAUGGUCUCUUCUCCAAGGAAUAUUUGGCACCGAGGUACUCAGAACCUUUAUUGCAGAAAAUAGAGAUGAUUAUCUAGAUUUGGUAAAAGAUAUCGAACGGGAAAAGAGGUUAGAUAAGAGUAAUUCAAAAUAUAGGAUUGGAAUACCGGGCUCGCUGUUGGUUGAGGUUAAAAAGUCAAAUCCAGAUAUGAUUGCAGAAAAAUAUAGAGGUAAAGCUGAACUAAAACAAAACCAACUUCGGAUUAUUCCUGAGUUAAUACAAUCAAUUUUCAAAGAAGGCAUCGAUACCAUUAUUGGUUAUGUAGAAAUGUUACUGAAUGAACCCGGAUUAUCCAGAGUUAAAAGCCUUCUUUUAGUUGGUGGAUAUGCAUCAUGUGGCCUACUCAAGGACGCAAUACAAGAGCACUUCAACCAUUUAUCAGUGAUAUGUCCAUUUGAGCCUGGUUUAAUUGUCUUGAAGGGAGCGGUAAUCAUGGGUCACAUGGAUACUCCUAUUGUCGGCAGAAUGGCAAAAUAUCAUUAUGGCAUAGCAAUUCUUGGUGAUGAACAAAAGCCGAAUUUCGAUGGCUCACUUACUACAUUUCCGACUUCACAACAAGAAUUCUACACCAUUAUUCCAAAAGGGUCCCCAAUUCAAGUAAAUGAAGUUGUAACCGAGUAUGAUUUUCCGAUUGAAGUAAAUCAAGUAGAAGCUUACAUUCAAAUAUAUGCAUCAGAAGACAAACAUCCACCUAAGCUUAUCUCAGAAGAAUCUUGCAGAAAAAUUGGUCACAUUCGCAUCAAACUUCCCCGAUUUCGGCGUACUACUAAACUCUUAAUAGGGAUAUCAAAUGACGAGACAGAAUUCAAAGUAGUAGCAAGGGAAGAACACACUGGAAAGUGUUUUGUAGGCGUAUGUAGGUUUCUUGAUUGAAAAACAAAGGAAUACAUAGACAAGCGGCAUUUAAUUAAUUUGUCAAUAAACAAAACGUAGGUAUGAUAACAAAACCAUAUUCCGAAAACAAUAUAUAAUUCUGCUACGUUCACGUUUAAUUUGACACCAAAAUAAAGUUUUUUUUUCUCCAACGGAAUGAUGUUUUAAAACUAAGUACACGGAAAGAGUUUUGCAAAUAUUUAUUGUUAAAUUUACGUAUCUGAACUUAAGAUAUUUGAUAUAAAUAUGAGUUACAUACUUUAACUUUGUUUAAACCUGUUUAUUUACUUUUGACUUUAAUUAUUUAUCCCUUGUAAUUUUUUAUUAACUGUGUAUUUGCAUUCAGGUGUCACAGGUCAAAUUUAUUCGUUCAUUCUCAUUGGCACUCAUACCACAUCUUCCUAUAUCUAUUGUGUGUUAAUUUACGUUUUUUGAUUGACUUAAGCCUUCCAAUUGAUAUUUUAAAGUGUGUUUUCUAUGUUGUGAUGUUAUACUAUUGUUUCAGAAAAGGGAGAAGGUUUGGUACCAUUAAAACGUUUAAUCCCGCUGCAAAUGUUUGCACCUGUCCUAAGUCAGGAAUCUGAUUACAGUAGUUGUCGUAUGUUUAUGUAGUUCAUACGUGUUUCUCGUUUCUCGUUUUUAUAUAGAUUAGACCGUUGGUUUUUCCGUUUGAAUGGUUUUACACUAGUAAUUUUUUGGGGGCCCUUUAUAGCUUUCUGUUCGGUGUGAGCCAAUACUCCGUGUUGAAGGCCGUACCUUGACCUAUAAUGGUUUACUUUUAUAAAUUGUAACUUGGAUGGAGAGUUGUCUCAUUGGCACUCAUACCACAUCUUCCUAUAUCUAUAUCCCCCCUAGACAAGAAAAUGAGAUCCCAACAGUUCUCAGUAAACAGAUUUGAUACUUGUUUUUUUUUUCUGUCUACUUUUACUUUAUGUUUCCUAUAUUUGUUUUACAAAAAAAAAAACCAAAUGUUUUCUAAUGGGUCACAAUUCUGGAAAGAUACAACAUGCUUAAAUUAUAUGAUAAUUCACAGGCAAUAAGGUAUAUUCGUAUUUUUCUAGCGACUCCUGUGUAAUUUUAAAUACUUUUACAGCUAAACAUACAUAUAAAGGGUAAUAUACUUAAAAACAAGUUUCUUAUACUUGUCAAAUUUAAAAGUAUUGAUAAUCAUACAGGAAUGAAACUAACAUGAGUAAGUAUGUUGUGAAAUUCAACUUCAAAACUGGUGAGAUUAGCCUCUUUGUAGGAUUAAUACCACUAAUUCAUAGCCCCAUUGCUUUCUAUGUCAAAUUCUGCAAUUUCAAGCAUUCCUAGCUAUUUUGUCUUAAGUUCAAAUAAAGUGACAGUCAUUUCAUGUCAAAACUAUAAUACCUCAUCAUGACUUAUGCUGCAAAAUGCAACAUAUAUUGUAUCUUAAAAUGAAUACCAGAAAGUACUGGUUACUGGACGUUUGGUAGUACAAUAACAGGUACUUCUGAUCUGAGCAACAGGGCAAGUAUACCCUCCUAUUUUAAUGUCUUAUAUAUUUUUGCUCACCUGGCCUAAAAACCUAAGUGAGCUUUUCGCAUCACUUGGCGUCCGUCGUCGUCAUCCGUCGUCGUUAACUUUUACAAAAAUCUUCACCUCUGAAACUACUGGGACAAAUUUGACCAAACUGGGCUACAAUCAUCAUUAGGGCAUCUAGUUUAAAAAAAUGUGUCCGAUGACCCCGCUUGCAAACCAACAUGGCCGACAUGGCUAAAAAUAGAACAUAGGGGGUAGAAUGCAAUUUUGGUCUAUUAUCUCGAAAACCGCUAUGAAUGGAGAAAAUCUGUCAGGGACAAAAAUGUUUAGAAUGAUAAGAUCUACAUAUUGCUUAUUACUUCAAAACUCUCAGACGAUUUCUAAUAGGAGUUGUUGCAAUUAAAUGACGGAUUUUACCCAUUUUUUUGAUGUUUGCCUGAUAUCGGAAAAACUAUAAUAGAUAGAGAUAAACUUUAUAUACACCAAAAAUGAUCAACAAGUCAGGAUCUACAAAUAAGUCUUAUGGUCGAAAUCGUCAGACGACUCCCUUUUGGAGUUAAUGCCCUUUUAUGACGAUUGUUAUCAAUUUGUUGCUUUUUUGCCCAACAUCUGAAAAAACUGUUAUAGAUGGAUAGAAACUUAAAUAAGCAAAAGUGAUCAGCAAGACAAGUUCUACAAAUAAAUUUACAAUGUUGAAAUCGUCUGACGACCUCUUAUUUGAUUACUUUCCCUGUGAUAACGAUUUUAAGCAUUUUUUUUUUCGUUUUUGCCUAAUAUCUGAAAAACUAUAAUAGAUAGAUAGAAACUUAAAUAAGCAAAAAUGAUCAGCACGACUUGAUCUAAAAAUAAGUAAAAUUUUGCCGAAAUGUUGGUUUGCUCUUUAUAGGAGUGGUUGCCUUAAUUGAUAUUAUUUUACCUUUUUUUUGUGUUUGGGGCAAAAACAAAAGAAAAUAUAGAGAAACUGUAAACAGAAAUAAUUAUCAGCAAUAUAAAAAAUACAAAAUAAAAAGAUUUUUGUCAUAAAUUCUAUUCUAGUCCACAAUGCUUGAGAAGGUCCAUUGUCCAAGAUACUCAUAGACCUAGGUGAGCGACACAGACUAUUUAGAGCCUAUAGUUUAUUAUUCAAUAGGAAUUUUCAACAAGGGUUUUACAGUGUUCAAUUCCUUUAGCUUCCAUUUGAUACCAAAAUUACCCAAAUAUUCUACUUACUGACAAAGUUACAGCUAUGCGUAAAAACAAUUUUGUUUAAAAUAUGUACUACUUUCUUCUUUUAUUUUCUUUCUGGCCGGGUCCGAUUUAGUGGUUUUAAACCUGUACAGCAAAUAAAUCUUAUUAAACAUAGCUACACUUGGUCCUUAAAAAAAGAAAACAACAUAGUUUGAUAUUUGAUGUUUGGAAAAGUCUUAUUUUUUCGGUAAUGAAUUUCUUUUAUUUGCACAGAAACAUAAUUUUCAUUAAUAAACUUAUGAUGCAUAACAUUUUGAUACUUAAUUCAAAGAGAAAAAUAGAACAAAAGCAAAAAAAGUACAUCCGCUUGAUGACAACAACACUUAAUUGAUACGUUACCAUGAACAAAACUAAACUCAUUUUUGAAUGGAGCAGAAUGUGAAGGCUGAGACAUAUUUUUUACAACAUGUCAUUUCUGUUGUUGUAAUGACAAUUAAGCUGUCAAGCGGCUCUAGUAGUUCUUUGCUCAUCUGAAUAAUUAAUUCAUUUAAAUAUAUAUCUUAUAUCAACCAGUUUUCUUUCAAUCAACAGUGACCGAGUGGUCUUAGUAGUUCAAAUACUGUAUCACUAGCUUGUCAACACUGAGGUUGUGAGUUCGAAUCCCGCACGAGGCAGGUUCGCACGACUCCAAUCUUAAUUGACCAGAACUGUUCUGCCGAAGGUUGAUGGUUCGGCUCCCUCCAACAAUAAAACACUGACCGCCACGAAAUAUCAAGUAAUGCUGAGAGGGCCGUUUAACACCAAUCAAUCAAUCAAACUGUUGACCAAUUUUUCAGGGCUGUUAUAUUGGGUUUGUUCCUCUAACAAAAUUAAUUUACACUCGAUCAUUAGUUAGUGCCUUUCAGCUUUUAUUUUGAAGAUGAAUUUAUUUGUUCCUCUGGGCUGAUAGGCAUAAAACCAUUUAAGUUCAGAUAUCCAAUCAUAGUACUAAUUUAUCGUAGGACAUGUAGAAAAAUCCGUCCGUUUGUAACAAAUCUUAACUUAAGUAGCUGUAUGCAUACGGGCCCCGUGUAUUAUUCUGUUUUGAAGCCAAGUUGAACAUAGUUUUGUAUUUUUAAUAAUUGAAAGGCCAAUAUUAUUCCAACAGUGGUUUGUAUUUUAAAAGAAUUGAAUGCUUAUUUUUAUAAUUUUAUUUGGGUGGAAAAGUGUUGACCAAUUAAUCACAUUUUGUAUGAGGCGAGUAAACGGUUCAUGUUUAAAAUGUGCGCACGACCAACGCUUUUACAACCAUAUAGAAUUAUGAAAAUAAGCAUUCAAUUCUUAUAACUACAUUUUAUGCUGUACAAUCAUAAAAUUAAGAAACAUAUAAAGCUUUUCGUUUGUUUUUCUAUUUAUUGGUUUAACAUUGUCAUGGAUAGCACGUGCAGUCAUAGCUGUUGUAUUUUAUAAAGAAAUAAAAUUUGAUAUAGGAGUGCCUCGUGAUUGUUGUCUUCUAAUGAAACAUAUAUGUAAUGUAAUUCUCGAAAAGCAAAGACCAUUUUGGAUUGAGGUUUAAUCUAUUAAUUGAAAUACUAAACAUUUUUUUUAGCCUUUUGGGGAUUUAAAAUACACUUUUAAAAUAAAUAAAAAUAUAACUGGACCUUUAACUCUCUCUAAAUUAUUCAAACAUAUGAUAUAUACUUUUAAAUAUUUUGUUAUUGUAGAAUUUAUACUUUGAUUUGUAAGAAAAUGUUUUGAUUCUGUAUACGUCCUUAAAUUAUCAAAAGUCAUGAAUUACACAUAUUUAUCUAACAAGUUAUCAAUCAGUCAAACACCUUUUCUGUUCAAUCUCUCAGUCGUUAUUUCAUUAUUCUUCCAUUAUAUAACAAGAUGUGUGCUAGUUUGAGUUUUAUCUUUUUUAUUUUGUAUAACUUUGAAAUCAUUCCAAGCAUCAAAUGACUUUUUUCAAAAAUUGAUAUUUUAACUUUAUUAGAGCCUUAACAUAACAUUUCCAAAAUAUUCACUUUUUUUCUGAAAAAAAAUACAUUAUAAAUUAUUGACUUACAUGUUAUGAGCUGUUUCUUCUCAUCUUUCUAAUCCGUGUUAAUUUAAAACUUUUAAUGAAAGGUAAUUUAAAAAUUUUAAUGAAAUUUGCAAUGCUUAUCAUUUUCCAGACAUUCUGUACAAUGUGGUAGUGAUGACAUGCCGCUUCCUACUUUAUCUAGCUUGUUAUCCCAAAUAAGGUAAUUUUUUGUCAGAGAAGUGUUUAUUUAUUGUACUAUUUGAACUAGAUAUAUAUAUAGGAAUAAAUGAUUUAAUUUUAA